CUGCUGCGGCCCCCGUACAGACGCAUGGUAGGCGCAGAUCACGUUGAAGGUGACAGGAGACAAAAAUUAAACUAAGACUAAAAUUAAACUUCAGCGGAGGAAAAUGAAUCGUUUUUUCAGUGUGUUCGCGCUCCCGGUGCUGUCUGCCGCCGGUCCCGAGGAGAAGGAGCCCGUGUCUCCGUUAAACCGGGAUGAACUUUCCCUUUACACCGCACCGGAGCAAAACUUUAACUUUGUCCAACCGGAGCCGGGUCAGCUCGAGGAGACUGUCGCCUCUCUGCGGAGAUCAUUGGAGCCUUACACCUCGUGGUGUCAAGGCGCAUACAGCAAAAUCAAACCGAAGAUCCAACAUGGCGUCCAGGUGGGAAAGGACACCUACAGUUACCUUAGCAACCCACCAAAGGACUUCUACCCCAGAGCUGGAGUCAUCGGGUUCAGCGGCGUCCUGGGUCUGUUUCUGGCUCGAGGGUCCCGGAUCAAGCGCCUCUUGUAUCCCAGCGGGCUCGUGGCCAUCAGCACGUCCAUGUACUACCCCGAGAAAGCAGCAAAUAUCGCCAAGACCACUGGAGAUAAGGUCUACGGAGGAGCGGUUCAGAGCUACGCCGCUUUGGAGAAAAUGUUCAAAACUCCAGAGAAGCCAAAGAAAGAGACCGAAAAGGAAAACAAGCCAUGAUUUUAUCCUUAUUUAAUUCAAGUUGAUACUAAAAGAAAGUUUAGGGAGCAGACUAUAGUGAAAAACUGCAAAAGGGCCCUGUAUCAGAUUUUUUCCCCCCAUGUUGUAUAAGCACCUCUUGAGGUCAAAAUAAGUCAGAUGUGGAUUGUCUGCAUCUAAUUAUAAAGCGUUUUAUAGUCAGAGAAUCAGGAAGUGCAUUGUUAGCAUGGUAGUUGUUACUGCGACGUCAAAACUGCACUGGUCUCUGAAAGUUAUGAAAAGUGUACAAGUUAAGUAUGGAAAAACUUUGGACCACUGCAAACUGUAAAAUGAAUGAGUUCUGUUUAUGUUUUUAAGAUAGUAAAAAAUCAGGUACAGUAUUUAAAGUUCAAAUUUUAUCUUUUAGUAAUAAGAUUCCGUCCACAACAAUGCUCAUUUUAAGCAGUAAUAAGGAGCAUUAGAAAUUAAAGGUGCACUUUGUAACUUUUCUGGUCAAGAUUCUGCCACCUGCUCGUCUCCAUGGAGAUGUUAUUGCUAGUAUGACAUUAAACACAUCUAGCAUUUACUGAAUUACGUAGGUGUUUCUAUUGCCAAAACAUAAUCAGAAAAACAUUCAUUAUUACUGUGAAUGUGCUCACCACUCCACAGAUAGGAUUUUCAUUUAGCCUUGUAGCAUCAACAGCUUGUCUCAAUGGAGAUAGAUCCGUUUUAAUGCCACAUUGUGAAGCAUUUUAAGCAUAUAAUAACAUCUUUCCCAUGGAGACAAAAUGGGUGAUGGAAACUAAUCAGUAAGGUUACAUAGUGCAUAUAUUAUCUAACUUUUAUAUUUUGGUAAACAUGGAUCACACUGAGGUUUGUACUGUAAUUUAAAAGUUCAAAAGCACUUCAAAAUGCACGACAAAAUUGCACUAACACAAUGAAACGGUAUUUAUAGUCUUAUUUUUUGUUAAAUUAUUUUUCACUGGCACCAUUUUCAGACAGAUAUAAAAAAAAAAAUCCUUCAAGUCUGCUGUCCCAAAAAAAUCUGCUUUAAUAAAAUGCUUUGAAAUCCUAAUAAAACAAACUAGCAAUAAUCACAUGGCAAUAAGACUGUAUUUAUAUUUGUAUCUAUAUUAUAUUCUGUUAAAUUUUAAAUGUUGUGAUUUCAGCUUUGUGACUUUUUUGAGGCCCAUUUUUUGCACUAAGCGUUUGAUCUAUCUCAGGCUGGGCUCGUCAGUGUUUUUAGCUUUUAAAAUGUAAUGAAACUGCUGCGACACUUGUGUAUUUAAGAAGCUAAUAAAAAUCUAUUUGUUCAA